AUGAUACGUUGUCCAUGUCCGAAGUGUGGUUUCCGCCUCUUACAAAAUAGAGAGGAUGCGUUCGAUCACUUGGUGAUCAACCCUUUCCUGUCUACUUACACAUUUUGGAUCCAUCACGGUGAGAGACGCGAGGUCGAGCCUUCUUCUGACGGACAAGAAGAUCAAUCUGAACAACAUUUCAACGCCCCGAUGCUUGAUAUGGUCCACGAUGCAUUCAACUUCCCAGGACUUCCCGGUCCCGAAGAAGACUCGGAGAAUGAACCGGAUGGCGACGCUAUGGAUGAGUUGCCUAACUUAUACAAUGAACCUAGUCGAGAGACCCGCAACUUUCACGACUUACUCGAAGACGGGAAGCAUGAGUUAUACCCAGGAUGUUCAAAGUUCUCUAAGUUGUCUUUCUUGGUGAGGCUCUAUCACAUUAAGUCCAUGUGCGGAGUGAGCGAUAAGGCCUUUGGAAUGAUAUUGGAGUUGCUCGCGGACGCGUUUGAGCAUGCCCGGAUUCCAUCCACUGUGCAUGAUGCCAAAAAAGUCAUAAGAAGACUCGGACUCGAGUACAAGAAGAUAGAUGCAUGUCCAAAUGACUGCAUGCUAUACAAGGGCAACGACCAAGAGCUGACAAAAUGCAAGCAGUGUGGGACAUCGAGAUGGAAGCAUAAGACUAAGAAGAACUCUAGGGUGAGGAUCAAGAUGGUUGUCAAGAAGAACGGCAAACCACAAGCUGCGAAGAUUCUUCGUUACUUCCCCCUUAUUCCACGAUUGCAGAGGUUAUAUAUGUCUAGUAAGACAGCCGUUGACAUGCUGUGGCAUAAGAGAGGUCCUAACUUUGAUGGUAUGUAUAGGCAUCCAAGGAACGCAAAGGCAUGGAAGUCAUUUGACGUACGAUAUCCCGACUUCUCUCGUGAUCCGCGUAGUGUUCGCCUAGCAUUAGCUAGCGAUGGCUUUAACCCUUUUGGGAACAUGAGCUCGAAGUACUCAAUUUGGCCAGUGGUUCUUAUCCCGUAUAACAUGCCGCCCUGGAUUUGCAUGAAACCCACUUUGUGUAUCCUCUCUAUGAUUAUUGCUGGUCCUAAAAUGCCUGGAAAUGACAUAGAUGUGUACCUAGAGCCGUUGAUCAAUGAGUUGAAGCAAUUAUGGAGGGGUGUUGAAACUUAUGAUGCAGUCGAGAAAAAAACCUUCAAGAUGCAUGCUGCGUUGAUGUGGACAAUCAGUGAUUUUCCAGGCUUGGGGAACUUAUCUAGGUGGAACACGUACGGUGGGAGAGCCUGUCCUGCGUGCAAUUUGGAUGCUGAAACUAACCGCCUUACACACAGCCAAAAAUGGUGUUUCAUGGGUCAUCGUCGCUUUCUGAAUCAUGACCACAAAUACAGAAAAGACCGGUACUCCUUUGAUGGAAAGAUAGAGGAUAGAGGUCCACCUAUUAGAGUCUCUGGUAGAGACAUUAUCCGGCAGUUAGAGGGUGUGCAUGUCCAAUUUGGCAAGGUGCAAUCGGUUACGGGGAAAAGGACACGCGGACAGCAAACUCCCAUGCAAGACGAGACUCCUUGGAAGAAGAGGAGUAUAUUCUUUGAGCUGCCAUAUUGGGAGAACAAUGAAUUGCGUCACAACCUUGAUGUCAUGCACAUAGAGAAGAAUGUGUGCGACAACAUAGUAUUCACCAUAAUGAACGAGAAAGGUAAGUCUAAAGACCACAUUAAAGCUAGAAGAGACCUCCAGUCGAUGGGAAUCAAGCAUGAUUUGUGGCCACGGGAAGAUGGAAAAUACCCAUUUGCCAUCUUUACUAUGACAAAUCCACAGAAAGAGCUCUUUCUAAGGACUAUCAAGAACGUAAUCUUUCCAGAUGGAUACGCUAGCAACAUUUCCCGCUGUGUGGAUUUACGACAGCGCAAGUUGUCGGGACUGAAAAGCCACGACUGUCACAUUUUAAUGGAAUAUCUACUUCCAAUCGCGUUAAGGAAUGCAUUGCCUCUCCAAGUGUCUUCUGUCCUGGCGGAUUUGUCAUCAUUUUUUCGUCGAUUAUGCAGCAAAUCCAUAGACCCUCAACAACUUCCUCUCCUUCAGAAUCACGUGGUUCAUACUCUGUGUCGCAUGGAGACGAUUUUCCCUCCUUCUUUCUUCACAGUGAUGGUUCACUUGACAGUUCAUCUGGUCGAGGAGGUGCGUCUCGGUGGCCCAGUGCAUUAUCGGUGGAUGUACCCAAUUGAACGGUACCUAUGCUGUCUCAAGCAGUACGUGCGUAACAGAUCACAACCAGAGGGCUCAAUUGUAGAGGGAUACUUAUCCGAGGAGAUUCUCGUAUUCUGUUCAAGGUACUUAGAUAAUGUUGAGAGUAGGAUUAAUCGACCAUCCCGUGUUGACGAUCGACCGCGUGAAGUCAUGCCCGAUGAAAGUGCAACCAUGUUCCCAGAGGUUGGAAAGGCGGUCGGGGCUACUUCUUUUUACACCCUCACACCAGUUGAAAAAUUACAAGCUCACCGUCACGUUACAUUGGGAAGCAGCAUGCACCCAAACGAAUUGCAGUGGCUUGCAUGUGGGCCCAAUGUUCAAGUUAGCCGCUAUACAUCCUACAACGUAAAUGGAUUUAAGUUCAGAACCCUAUUGAAAACCCAAAAUAGUGGGGUGUAUGUCACUUUUGACACUAGGAGUUACGCAAGCAAGCGCGAUAGUAAUGUUGCCGUUGGUAGCGUCUCGUAUUACGGAAAACUAGUGGACAUCAUUGAGUUAAAUUACAGUGGUCAAUUCACAGUCAUCUUGUUUAGAUGUAUCUGGGCAAACACCACAACUGGUAGAAGUAUAAAACAAGACUCUUUGGGACACACGGUGGUUAACUUCUCUCAUCCAAUUCAUGCCGGUGAUCGAGAAGAUGAUGAACCGUACAUUCUUGCAUCCGAGGCUCACCUAGUAUACUAUGUCGAAGAUGACGCUGAUAAAGAAUGGAGUGUGGUAAUCCAUGUGAACCCAAGGGACAUGUUUGAAAUGGGUGAAGAUAUAGGACAGUGUAACUUCGAAUUUUCUCCCCAACCGAUCCUGACUGGGUUGGCUGAGUUUGACAUCGAAGGUUUGUCAUUGAGACGGGACGACAAUUUGGAGGAACCAACCACUGAUGCCAUCGAUAAUUGCGACGAGGCUGCCUAUAUAUAG